AUGGAUGUUGACAGUCCAGUGAUAGACAGUUCAAGCAAUCCUGCUGAAAACACUUCAUACUGGUGUCAACCUUAUAUUCGGUUUUUGACAACCAGUGAACUCCCAGAAGAUGAGCAUCUCCCUUCAAAAGUGAAAAAGAAUGUUUGGAGAUAUUCAAUGAUCGAGGGACAGCUGUACCGCAAACCUGUAGCUUUGGAGCCAUUUUUGCGAUGCAUAACAGCUGAAGAAGGUCAACAGAUAUUGGCCGAGGCUCAUGAAGGAAUAUGUGGAAACCAUUCUGGAGGGCGCAGUCUCGCGCACAGGAUACUUGCCCAAGGACCACUUCCCAAAGCUCCUGGAGGCGUUAAAUUCGUACUAGAAGCUACUGAUUAUUUAACCAAAUGGGUCGAAGCAGUGGCAUUGGUACAUGUUACCAGAAAUGAUGUGAAAAGGUUCAUAUGGGAGAAUAUCGUCUGGAGAUUUGGAAUCCCAGACGAGUUAGUAUUAGACAAUGGGAAACAGUUCAAUUAUGGGGUGAUCAAAGAAUUCUGCGAGAACCUGAAUAUUCACCACAAUUUCUCAUCUCCUUAUUAUGCUCAUAGCAACGUGCAGGCGGAGGCAACCAAUCGCGUUAUUAUGGACAAUAUCAAGAAAAGGCUGGAGAAAGCGAAGGGGAAAUGGAUAGAAGAAUUCCCGGGAGUCCUAUGGUCCUAUCGAACGACCCCAAAAAGAUCCAUUAGUUUUUCACCAUUUACACUGGCUUAUGGGACAGAGGCAGUCAUACCCACCAAGGUACAUCUAAAGACUAACAAAACUCGUGCUCUCAAAUCUGGGAAAAACGACAACAUAUUGACUUUGGAUAAAGAGUUGCUGGAAGAACAAAGAGAAACAGCCUUACAACAGUUGGUCCGAUACCAGCAGGCAAUCAAGCUGAGAUAUGAUCAUAGAGUCAGAGAACGGUCAUUCAAACCAGGGGAAUAUAUCUUGAAGAAAACCCGAGCAUUCACAAUGGAACCAAACUGUGGGAAGGUCAGAGCAAACUGGGAAGGUCCAUACAUAGUGGACAGCCCAGCAUCUCGUAGCUCCUACUACCUAAGGAACCUCGAUGGUACUCAAGAUUCAGAACUAUGGAAGCCAUGGAAUUCGUUCCACUUGAAGAAGUUUUAUCAUUAG